UUUUUGUUUCGCUUCAUAUUAAGACGCACAAAUAUGCUCAAGGCAGAAAGAAGUCUGUGGUCUUAGUUGGCGGAGUGUGCUGGUCACGUGCAGCAAAUAAUUGACGCGACUCUUUUUUCUGAGCCGACGCGUCGCUGACCUGAAAUUUUGGAGAUUGCCCGACACGCGUAGACACUGGUGAUUUCUUUUUCUUCUCUUUCUCAUUUCCCCUAUUCUUUAAUUGCUUCUUUGCCCAUGGCGAGAGGAACCAAAUCAAAAACUACCGCUCAACAGGCCGCUCAACAGGAUGACAGUGUACGACGCUCUCAUCGCGCUCGAACGGUUCCCGAGCUUUUCAUGAACCAAAAGUAUUCAAGUGCCUUGUCGAAACGACAACAGCAGCUUCAAGAAACCAACCAAUCGGACGACGACGAAGAGAGAGACGAACUCGAUUCCAGUGCCUCUGAAGAUAGCAGUAGUAGCAGUGACGAGUCUGAAAACGACAUGCAGAAUGAUACCGGCAAACAAGGACAUGCGCAACGCAAGCGAAGGACGUCCAAAUCAACGGGCAGAAAAAAGAAUGUCGCAAAAAAGAGAAAUGCUGCCAUGAUGUUUGCCACCGAAAGUCAAUUACUGGAACAAGUCAAUGUCGAUGAAGAAAUGACCAGUCUCUAUGAACAAGUAUCGAGUUCGGGUGCCAACAUGGACGACAUUGUAUCCACAUGGGUGACGGAAUACAAGGCGCAUAAACUCGAUGCACUGCGCACAUUGAUUAAUUUCCUCAUUCGAAGCUCAGGAUGCAUGAUGGCAGUGAGAGAGGAAGCUUUCAGCAAGGAGGAUAUAGCAGUGGAAGCUUUACAAGAACUUCAAGAAGAAUUGACCAAGCUGCCCAAUCCCGAGUAUCCCAUUAUUUCGAAAUCCAAGAGCAGCCAAUUGCUCAAACGAAACCUCAUCAUCUUUUUUCAAACUUUGAUCGAUCAAUGCCAAUUCGAUAUCAUUUAUGAUGGUACACUUAUUGAGACUUUGCAAAGCUGGCUCACGACCAUGUCCAGUUCCACCUAUCGUCCUUUCCGCCAUACAGCCACAAUCGUUGCUUUGAAGCUCAUCACUUCGCUCAGUAUCAUUGCGGACAAAACGGGGGAUGAAUUAGCCAUUGUCUCUCGCCAAUUGACUACGGAGAGUCGCAAAACCGGUCGCGCACGAAAUACGCAAAAGCACACAUUGCUGAAUCAGCGAUCGUCGGCUCUUCAGAGAAAACGCAAAGAUCUCAAAGAAUACCUCGACGACUUUUCGGAAAGUAUUUUUGUUCAUCGUGCGCGCGAUAUUGAGUCGGUCAUUCGUAUGGAAUGUAUUCGUGAAUUGUGUAACUGGAUCCAACAGUAUCCUAGUCACUUCUUGGACAACGUCUAUCUUAGAUACUUCGGCUGGGCGUUCAAUGAUCAAAGCGCAUCGGUGCGAGCGGAAUCUGUCAAAUGCGCCACCAAAUUAUAUAAGCUGGAAGAUGUUGCUGCCAAGUUGGGCGAAUUCACAGAUCGAUUCAAGUCACGCAUUGAGGAAAUCGCACUCUACGAUAUUGAUGUUUCCGUCCGUGUUGCUGCCGUUGGAUUAUGCAAUGUCAUGUUUGCGUCCAAACCCUCCAUCUUGUCCGAUGAUACACGAAAAGCCUUCUCAGACCUCAUUGUUUCCAACAGCGCACGUAUCCGCAAAACAGUAGCACCAUUUGUAAAAGCAAUGAUUGAAAAUGAUAUUUUGAAGCCCAAGAUUGCCGAUACGCGAGACGCUCUUGCUUCCGCUGCGAAUGAACCUCACUCAGAAGACGCCAGACGUACACGGACACGUAAACCUGCCGUGUCUGCAAAUAUUCAAGUCAAUAACAACUGGGUGGCAUGGAAGAGCAUGGCUUCUUUCUUGGUCGAUCGUGUAAAGAAAACGAAUCUUUUUGACUGCAACGGCGAAAUCAUGACGAGCAGCACUUCUUCCGAAUGGAACAUUGCUGUACAAGAAACCAGCACGCUCAUUAGCAACACAAUUGAAGCGCUGUGGGGACAUGUUCAAGUGAUCCAGGAUUAUCAAAGUAUUUCGGACUACCUCUGUCGUGAUCACUCAAAUACGCACCAGCACAACGAAGCAAGCAUUUCAGAAAGUACCAUUGCAUCGUGCUAUCAGUUGACUAGCGAUGAAGAAACGGUGCUUGUUAUUGCAUAUGUGAUUUGUCUACGAAACUUGAUACAAAGGGGUACCGAAAAAGGCACCGGAGCAACGAAGGAGAAGAAAAAGGAUGACGGACAAUUGGAGACGUUGCGAAACGAUAUGUCGCGUCAUCUUGUUCAAGUGCUGCCGACCCUUCUCAAGAAGCAUAGCGAUGAUGCCAUCAAAAUGAUGCAUCUCGUGACUGUGCCCCAGUUGAUGAACCUUAAUGUUUAUGUGGAGUUGCGAAUGGAAGAGAGUUACAAAGAAUUAUUGCAAGGACUCAUCAAGAUCUAUGGUGGUGGCACUUUACCGGACCUGCUGCUCAACUGUGCUCAGUCGCUUCAGCAUAUGUUUGACACGGUCGGUUUAGCUGAAAUCAAUGAAGCAUGCUUGCCUGAACUCCUCGAAAAGGUCAUGAAUCAAGUACGAGAUGCAUGCCGUGAAAAGGAUUUCUUUACAGCUCGUUUUACUUCGGAAGAUUUACACGCCAUCUCUACCAGCAUUUUACGACUGGAUUACUUGACGAACGUUAUGGAUAUCACCGAAGCCAUGGAUGAAUCCGAAGACAUGCAUAGCGAUGUCACCGAACUCGUCGGCGGUCUCGUAGAUAGAGCCACCUUGGGUUUCAAGAACGAGGAGCAGAUUUCUUGUUCCGCUAUGGCCAUCUUAUUCCGCUACGUCGCAUGGAAGUGCCAGCAGAUACAAGCGGAUCCGCAGCUCGAAGAUCGUGGAAAGAUUGCAGCUGCUAAACUGCAAAAGCGACGCGACUGGAUAUUGGAAAAAUUCAAUGAAUUAGUCACUGCCUCGGAAGUGUCGCCCAAACCCGGUGUGCGUUGUCAUGCUUUUGGUACACUGGUGGAUCUCUACUGGUUGUUCUCCAGCGAUCUGUUCUCGACAACGUUUGUUCUUCAGAACUUGCAAGUCUCUUGCCCUGUCAACGUAUACGAACAAUCCACCAAAUACGUAGCGGCACAACUGAAAGGGUGGAUUAAUCAAACAGCAGAAGAAGGACUAGCAGAUCAAGAGGGUCUGUCAAUUCUGCUCGUCGGCUUUGCUCGUGCUAUCAUGCUUGGUGUGUUUGAUGUGGCGGGCGCGCACAUCUUGCUUCGUCAUUUUGGACAAUUGGGUAGUGAAUUGGAUACUAUUGUGAAAACAUUACUUUCCGAACUCAAGGAGGAUCUCAACCGCGAUGAAUCAACGGCAACCAAGAUCUGUAAGAUGUUCCUGGUGUCAUUGAAAGAGUCGUUUGAAGCACAAGUGGAUCAAUCACCUCGAUCUAUUGAUCAGGUCUUGAAGUUGGCCCGUCUUCAGGCCCGAAUGAUUAAACAAGUGAACGAAUCCGAUCCUGUGCGCCAGGUUCCACCGCAUGCUGUAUGCGACCAGCUGCAUUUGGAAGGCAUCAAUUACGCCGUCACCAAAGCGGCCGAACAUCAGCAGCAAGACAAUGAAAUUGCCAAAGCAAUCAGUCUGCGAUUCUUCAAGGUGUUGUCCGUGUUCGGCAACCAAUUAACCCGAGCUCGCGAUGUCGCCAACAUCCACAAAUAUCUCGAAGACCGUUUGCAGGAGAAGGGUCUGGAGCCAAACCAGGCCGAUAAAGAAUGGGAUGGCUAUUUGGCCUAUAUCAAAUCCAUCGAUGCUUUGCUCAAGAAGAAGGGAUUGCGUUAUGAUGCGACCAGAAGGACGGAAACGGUAGCUACGCCUGCAGCGAUGGAAUUAGAAGAGACGAUCCGUGGGGCAGAAGUUGGAGAGGAUGGGCAGGAAGACGAGACGGAUGUCAGAGAUCUGGCCAUUCGUGAAAUCUCCAAACGUGCUCUUGCGGAAACGGAUAUGGACACAGAUGAAGAUACCGUUAAUAAGCGACGACGUUAAUAGGAUCAGUGAUGAUGAUGUUAUAUUCCUUCCAUUUAUUUCACAGAGAAAUAUCGAAUUCCUUGUGUGGUCACAUUGAUUUGCAUAAACCAUUUUCCCAUUGUUAUCGAUACGUGCGGAGAUGACGACAUCUGAGUUGCAUGUUUGUCUAUAUGUGUGUAUGUGGGUAUGUGUGUUUUCACAAAGGUUUGAUGGCAAUACAGCAAUUUGCUACUAUUUUUCAAUUAUCUCGGCCUAAAUUUUGGUCAUCGUGUAUCUGUUGUCAUUUACAUUUAUUAGCCUAGAUCAUGCUUUCCGUUAAAGAAUACUGUUUCGGGAGACACGGCAACUCUUGCAUUCAAG